AUGGCACUAUUAAAUGCUAUCGAUCAAGCCACCAAACAAUGCGACGAAUCUGACAACACAUCCGAGAGCUCCCUCCGCGCGAUCGCAGAGGCGCGGGUCGUAGCUCAACUGAAGAAAGACACAGCAGCGUGUGACGUACUAAUUUGUCUCUUGGCUGCAGCUGUUUGCAGCCCCAAGGGAAUGUCGCCGAGUCCGUCGUACUUCCGCGCCAAUGUUGUCGACGUAGAUCGUUCGCGCGUGAUCGAAACCAUAGCUGCACUCCCAGCCAUCUCGUCGCUUGAACUUGAUAUCCUUUCAUUACAUGCUUCCUUGCAAAUCGCUUCAGACUGGAGUUGA